UAGGGGAGGUGCUAACCUUAAGAGGAUGCAAACAGAAUAAAUUACACGCAGGAACCAAGCCUAGCAGAAGCACCUUGCUAGUGAGUUUUGAUUUCAGCACAGGUAAUCCCAGAGACAUGUUACAGGUUGGGCUGAGCUUUUCCAGCUGCCCUGAAGGCACUGCUAUUGAUUUCCCUUCAGACAAGUCUGGAAAGCAGAACAGGUGUAAUUCUGUCUUGGUGAAUUCAGAGGAAGGUGACAUGGAAGCCCCACAAGGGACAAUCAGUUCUCCUCCAAUCUCUGUGGUGAUCACCUCUGAGGCUGAGACUUGGGACAUUGAUGCAUCUUCUUGCAUGGGCUCUGGACAGUUUGUAGAUUGGGAUAAGCUGCCAGAAUUGGAUCAAGAGACAAACAGCCACAGAGAGAUCCUCAGCAAAACCACUAGGGAACUGAAAAAGCUGGCAAGAGAAGGCUACUGGACUACCAGCCACAGUCUAAGAGCUCAGGCUUACCACCAGAUCAUCCAGCAUAUCCCCUGCCGGCUUGUGACCCCAGAUGCUCUGGUCUAUCAGGAUGUGGCAAUCAGGCUGUUUGGAAAACAGAAUGUGAGCUCCCAUCCGUUGCCUGAAUUCCUUGAAGGAUGCUUCAUGCCCACAUAUUGCCUGACUAGGGAAGGUAUAACAGCAGUAAAGAAAAUUCUCAUCUGCAUUGGCAACCUCUUCCCUGACAUCACCUACUGUCCAAUUCUGCCUGCGAUUGUAACGCUGUUGCUGCACUACAGUGAAGAUGAAGCUCAGUGCUUUGACAAUGUCUCGCACCUCAUUGCUUGCAAUGACUCCCACAUCAGCUAUAUUGACCAGUCUUUCUUGGCCCACAAGGCUUCCUGUAUGACUUUUGGGGAUCUGGCUAACAAGCACUGCCCCACAGCUCACAGAUUAAUAGCCAGUGCUUCUGAGAAUGUCUCAGAGGUCUAUUCUGAAUGGUUAACAUGGCUCUUUGGUGAGCUUCCCUUUGAUUAUGCCAUACGCAUACUUGAUGUAUAUCUAUUGGAGGGACAGAAAGUCCUGUACCGGAUUGCUCUGGCCUUGCUGAGACAAUACAAGCUCUUGGUGACCUCGAGAGAGCUGGAAGUGACUGACAUCAAAGGGGAUUUGCAAGCUUUCAUGCAGAACAUUAGAGAGCACAUGACUGUUGAUAAGCUACUAGAGAGAGCUUUUGGUAUCAGGCUAUUCUCCCGCAAGGAAAUCUGGCUUCUUCAGAUGGCAAACAGGAAGGCUCUGCUGGAGAAAGGGAUUACCAUGGUGCAGCGCAGGUACAAGUCUGACCCCACCCCUGUUCACCUCCUUGCCUGCCCCUGCCUCUACUACAUUUGGAACUCACCCAUAUAUGCAGGCCACAAGCACAGAAAGUCCAUCAUCACCAACCCAACAGUCCCAAGUUCCUUCUGUGCCCUACUUUCUGUCUCAACUGUUCCAAAAGUAGAGACAAAUCUGGAAGGAGAAGCUGACCCACAGACCAAUUCCUGGGAUGGCUCUGCCUCACAACCAAGAAACACAAGACAAUCAGCUUUGGUGCUGGCUAAAAGACAAUCAUUCCACCUGGCUGUGGAUAUGCUGAAGUUCAGCUCUACUAUUGUAACUGCCCAAGAGAUGCGUAUCAUAUGGUCCUGGAUUCCUGAGCGAUUCUCCUUAUUCCCUCCUGUCUUAUUAUUCUCUACCUUAGACGAUGGGUACAGUUUACAAAGGUUUUAUUCAUGCUGUGAAGGUUACGAACCAACAGUACUGCUCCUAAAAACAACACGGGAGGAAGUGUGUGGUGCGUUUCUCUCUUCUGACUGGAAUGAAAGGAAAAGGAGUGGGGGUACGUCCAGCUUUUUUGGCACAGGGGAAUGCUUUGUUUUUAGCGUGUGCCCUGAAAUGGAGAGAUAUGAAUGGGUGUUCAUCAAGAAACCAGAGCUGACCAAGGCAGUCCCUCGUUCACCCCGCCAGCGUUCAUCUUCUCUCUCCUCCCCCACUGACAUCUCGUCUUCCCCUAAUGGCCACAUGGCCAGUUCAAGCCACCUCUCAGUGCCAGUUCUGCAGAGAGGAAAGGUUCGCCUUUCUCCAUUUUUGGCAAUAAGACACUUCCUGCUGCCUUCAAAAACAGCUUCCAUGUUCAUGUCUGGGACUCAGGAAGGAAUCAUUAUUGGAGGUGGAGGAGGCCAAGCUCUGUGCAUUGAUGCUGACCUGCUUCAUGGAAGGACAGAGCACUGUGAGACAUUUGACAACCCUCCGCUCUGCGAAGAGAACUUCCAGGUGCAGCUCCUCGAAGUCUGGGGUUUUCAGAAUGCCUAAAUUACUGCUGAAAUUGCUCCUGCCGGCCCCAUAUUAAUCAAUGAAAGAUUCAUCACCACCAGAGGGUGCAUGACUGGUUGACUCCAAAGGCCUGACUGUCAUAGAGGAAGUCCCCACAUGAUGGCAGCCUGCAUUUCUCUUGCUGCUUUUUUACCCCACUGCUAGCCAUUCUCCAUAUUUUCCAUCUUCAUCAUAAUGGACAGUGAUGAUGACUAGGAAUGAGGGAAAUAAAGCUCCACAGUACAACCUGUUGUUACAGGUACUGCCUUGCUAUGAAUGUAUGAUAAUAACUCAGCCCCAAAAUGUUUUCACACAGUUCAGAUUAAACCCCCAAUUUUCUGGAGUUUGGAAAAAUGAGCUAAUUUGCAUAUUUUCUUGUGCUUCUCUGAAGAGAAAUAACAUAGCAAAGGCAGACCUUGGGGGACGUUCAGGCAAGCUGAAAUCCAAUCUAUAAAACUUUCUAAGACUGACUUGUAAGGUUUCCAUCCUGGUACCAAGUCCAAAAUGAUUAUAACUGGGAACAGAUCCACUAUAGUCUUUGAAGGUCACCAGACAGUGUGUGCAGUGACAAGUUAGUUAUCCUGUAAUAUGGUACACAAGUGGCUUUCAUGUGCAGCUACCCAUUUUAGCAAAGUAGUUUUGACAGUUACCACCAGAGCCAAUUAUCUGCACUAUUUUUGAAAAUGCAGCAAAUUCUGGGCAGAUUGCAAGCAGUAGUAUAACUAGGGGUGGGCAAGGAGGCCACAAGCCCCCGGCAUUGCUUUAGGGUAGGGCUUGCUGGAACCAAGGCGGGGGGGUGGGGCUAGGAUUGAAGCAGCUAGGCUGCUAGUCCAGAAGCUGCAGGCUGGGACUGGUGGAGACGGGCUAGGAAUUGGACAUUGAUGUCAAGGAGGCUCUUGGGUGCUUGACAGAUAAGUGCUGAGCAUGAAAGAAGAAGCAAGAGAUGAAGGCGGAGGGGCACACCCUUGCUGCAGAAUUAGGGAUUUUAUUUCUUUACUCACCCUGGUAUUCAGCAGCACCUUUGUGGGGGCAGCUGAGAGAUCUAACACAUUAGCUGAGAGGACCUGCCAGGACCCUAAAACAGCCUUGGCUCCAGUCUGGUCUCUUUCCCCUGUCUGCAGGAGCUGGAGGUCCCACAGCUGUCAGGACCCAAGAGCCUCUUGCUCUCACCCCCUGGGUCCUGACACCACCCAUGGGCACUGUACCGUUCCCUCUACCCCUGCUUCACAACCAACUUUGCUCAGAAGCAAAAGAGCUUGCCAUGCCUCUGAAUGCAAAGUCUUCAGAUGCUCCAUAGACUCUGCUCCAGCCUAAAUACAUAUAACUAUGUAGUUGUGCCUCUGCACCAUGUGUGGAAAAAGGCAGGUGAUGUAUCCCUAGAACACAUAGCUAGUGUUGAGCCACCUUGGUAGGAAAAAGUAGUAGAACUCUGGAAGUAACAGUUUCCCUCUAAGUGAAUAUGUUUUGCUUGCAAUUUCUGGAGGCCCCAGGAUGGUCAGCAGUUUUAAUAUGGUCAAGACAUUUGAGUAAAGGAUUUGUCACAGAGACAAGAUCCUCUCCAUCCUAGAAAUGGGGCUUCCAGGAUCCAAGCUGAGGCCUGUUAGUGGACCAAUACAACAGAGCUUGCCCAGGUUUACACCUGUUUUGAAAAUGGAGAGAAAGCACUUUUCUCUUGAAUGUCAAGCAUAGCACUAAACUCAUCUGAGAUAUGCAAAUCCACAAUAUGUAUUUAAACUUUUCUAAGUAAACUAGCAUAACAUAGUAUUGUAAACCUUCCUUAUCGUGGGGCUUGUACUAAACUGAAGAGGUGUUUUCAGAGCAGUGUCGGUAUCUUAAGAAUCUAAAUAGUUAGAACAUCUGGCAGUCUAAUCUAUCCUGUCAUUAGUUAUCCAACAUUAGAACAAUAAAAAAUUAAUCAUUUGUAAAGAUGAACUAUAAAUAUGUAAACUAUGAUAAGUCCAAUGUAAUAGUGAAUGUGUUUUUUAAUCCCUAUAAAAAUCAUUUAGUUGGCAGAAUGAAAACAUGCUUUCAAAGUCCAAAUAUAUUUUUCAUUUAAAGUUUUAUUUUAACGGCACUCAUUCUCUCCUGUUAUAAAGAGCAGACAUGGCUUCCUCCAAGGAGAUAAUUCUAGAAAUGCUAGGUGAAUAUGGGUCAAAGAGAGAAGAGUCCUGUACCCACACAGUCAUCUAUGCAGACGUUCAAAUCAUUAGCAAUAACUUGUGGUCUUCAAAGUACAUCUGGUAAGAUAAGAUGUGAAGUCUGUAUUUCUGCUCUUUUACAUCAGUUUUGUUUUACUGUUAGUCUAAUAAAGCUAUUGAUACAUGAACAGGUUUAAUUCAUAGAAGGCAUAAACCUGGAACCAGAAUCAGGACCAUGGUGUUGUAUAUAUAGUGAUGUGCUUAGACAUCAUUUUCCUACACACAUGCUUAGCAGAACCUAAACAGGGGCCUGGGGGCUUGCCAGAGCUCAUUGCAUUGGGAUCACCCUUUCCCAUAAGCUCCCCAUUUUGUUGUUUCAUGAGCUCUGCCAGUCAUAAAAGUGAAGGGCAGAGUUGUUCUUUCAUGCCCUGAAUUUGGCCAAUAAAUUCCUGUUUUGAAUGUGAGGAGUUCUGCUAAGUCCUGGCCAAUAUUUGCCCCUUCCUAAGGCUAUAUACUGAACCAGACAGAUUUUCUGGGUGAAAUUGCUAAGCAGAGGGAUACACUUAUCUUACCAGAUGCAUUCUUUCCCUAGGUCUGAGUAUCUUGCCUCUUUCUAUGGAAAUCCCAAGACCUCCAAACUCAUAGGGCUGAGGAAUGUAAAGCUUUUCUUAUGUUGCAGCCUGUGUUUCUCUAGCCUUUGUGUAGCUUUUGGAUCAAUACUCAGGGUAUUUUAUUGUAAAGGACAAGUGGUUCUCAUCUAAAGUAGUUAAAAUACUGGACACAUGGGACCAUACUAUAAACUUCUUGCUGUCUUUGCUGCAGUGGCAAAACUUGUGAACUUUUGUGUUGCUUUACGUGCAGUAUAACUUAUCUUCUAACUUCAGCUGAAAAUCACAAUGAAAUAUGAGGUCCGGUAAUUGCUGGU